AUGACGACAGAUCUUAUUGUUCCGAGCAAGAGACCGCGAGCCCCGAGCUUCUCCGAUAAGCAUCCUGAUGAUACUCACACCGCCGCCCUUUCGGAUUGGUUGCCUGAUCAGAGAGAUAUGGCGGCUGCCGAUCAGGUUCACCUCAGCAACUUUCUUGACCUAUGCCGUUUCUGCAAGAAGAGCUUACGUCACGACCAGGACGUUUUCAUGUACGGCUACUUGGGGGCAUUCUGUUCCAAAGAAUGCAGAGCGAAACAGAUGGCAUGCGACAUCUUUAUGGAAUUUCCUCGACGUAAAGUAAACCCUAAGAAGGGAAGAAGAACGUCCAAUGAUGAAGCCUUGGACAGGAACACUUCAUCGUCAUCACGCUUUUAUAUAUGAUAUGCAGUCAUGGUGAUGCUAUGCACGUGUACAUGUUCAAUUGUUUCAUCAGUGUAGAUGGAGACGAGUGCACCAAGCCCAUUAUAUAGUCUCGUUUUUUUUAGGGGGAAUUUAUUGGCUUACCACUCACUCUCCAAGUUGGCAUCGGCAUUACUAUUACAUCUGUGUCGGUCAACUUUCUCUUUUUUUUUUUCUUUCUUUCUAGGA